UUUAUUUAUUUUACUUAUUAUUGGUUUGACUUUUUCUUCUUAGUAUAAACUUAACUUUUAUCCGAAUUUGCAACUUAUUUAAUUAUUGUUUAUGUAUUAUUAAUUAUGCUAGUUAAACUAUAAAUUCCAAUAGAAAGAAACAAAUUUACGAAAAAUUGAAAAAAUGCCAACUAUUAUAGCCCUCGAUGUUUCUUUGUCAAUGCAACGAUACAUUCCCGGCCGUGCCGACGAUAAUGCUCUAUCUUACUACCAACUCGCCGUGAAGGGAAUCAAUCAGUUCUUGGAGCAUUUAGGAAACAACUCUAAACUAGAAUUUGUCUCGUAUGUGACUUUUUCAAGAGAGUUUGAGGUGCGAGUUGAUUUCACAAGGGAUUAUGACCAAAUAAGGCAGGCAGUUAAGAAGCAACUGCUUUACGAUAGUUCAUCUUUAGAAAUCCUGCUGAAGGGGGUCAAUGAUAUGCUCUCUAGUAACUGGGGGGCUCAGAAUCUUUGUCAAGUUGUGGUGUUUACAGAUUGUGGAAUAGGAUUUGGCUCAAAGUCAUUACCGGCGACAAUAGGGGCAUUAUCUGCGAACCAAAGCCAAAAUCAAACCAUGUUCCCAUGGCUGAACGGUUUAUCUUCUACAAAACUCAAUUUUAUUUGCAUGGGUCUGACUAGUGAUUAUUAUUUUUCAAAGGCUAUAACCAUAUAUCAAAGAUUUCUCGAUGUCAGUGGACUCAAGGGUGUUCUCUUUCAGCCAAAAUCGAAUGAGCAAUUAGUCGGUGAUGAUACCAGAAAUUCGACUAUCCGUAAAAGUGAACUUGGUCGGACAGUUAUGUAUGAAAUGGUGGAACGUUUAUGCGAAAGCAGCUAUAAACCUUUUGAAACUGUCUUAAAAUGUGGUGGAUACUUCCGAAUGGAAUGUCCCAUACUGAUAUGGCCUCCACCAACGUUAUGCAAUUGGAACAAUAAUCUUUCUACUGCUCAUUCAUUGAUCCUCUCUAAUACUAUUGAAAUAUGUGGCUAUAUUGGACUAUCGGACAUCGGAUCACCAGCAUCUCUGAGUCGGCACUUAAUUGUCCCCAAAAUGGAACGUGAAAAACACAACAAACGAAGUGCUGACAAAUUUACAAAAAGUCCAAAAACCGAGUCGCCCUCUACCUCAAAUGAAUUGGAAAAGCUUGAAGGUGAAAUACGAUCGUUUUACUUAAAAGCCGAUGGUAGCGAAGAAGACUGCACCAGAUCAUCAAUGCAAUCAGAAACCCAAAGGGAGUCUAUUUGCGUCCUCUUGCAUGGAGCACUUAAAAUUGAAAACAUGGCUGCACUUGUCCUCUUAUCGGAUAAUUGGUUCGGCUUUAUAUAUACAUUUGCUGAUAGUAAAAAGAAAUCCAACUUAAUGCUCAACAUUCUACCUCAAGGAAAUAAUGCCAUACCCUGGCUAGGUGAUCUUAGACAAUUCGGAAUGGUUGAUGACUUGCUAAUGGGUGAGAGUUCGUGCUUCCCAGUAAAAUCUGAGAAGCGUAGUUACUCACAAAACUUUGUAAUUUGGAUAAAACACUCGAGUCUUCAGUCCGACAUACAAAAAGUUCUUAGGCAUGCAAAGAAGAUACCGGAAAAAACACAGCAUUUUUAUAAGGAACUCAAUAGGAUACGACGAGCAGCACUUUCAAUUGGUUUUAUUGAGCUCAUGGAGAUUUUAGCAAGUAUAUUUGAAAAGGAGCUAAUUGCACUGCCAAGUACAACUAAUCCAGAAUGUACUCUGCAGUUAAAACAUUCGGCAAUAGAACUUAGGAAAACUGCAAGUAGAGAUUUUAAGAUUUCAAUAAAUCCAUCAACAAGCGAUUCCAAUUCCUAAUAAUAAAUAUAAAUUAAUUUUCGUUGCUAUUUUGUAAGUUUUAUAACAUUUUUCAAAUAAACAUUUUAUAAUAGGUCUAUUAAA